AUGUACAAUCCUUAUCAGCGUGAGUUUGCGCCUCUCGACGCCCCCCCAGGCAUGUAUGGGAGAGCUCCCGACUACGGAGCUUACCCAGGUGCGCCCCAGGCAUGGGUACCACCUCCUCCAGGUGUGGCCGCACCGGGAACGGCCGCACCUCCGGGAAUGCAACAGAACAACCAGCAGCCUGGUCGCCCCGGUGGGUUUCCGGCCAAUUUCCAACCCCCUCCGAACAUGCCCAAUAUCAACUUUUCCGCACCCGUGAUCCGCCUGGGCACCUCCGGUCCCUCCAAGUCAGCUGCCCCCGAGACAGGUCGCGAGCGAGGGUCUGAUGGACCGAGCCGUCGCCCGGGUCUGGGGUCGUCAAAUACGGACGAUCGACGCCACCAUGGCCGCGAUUCUAUGAUGCAACUACAGCCGCCGACCCGCGAUGAAAUUGUGCGCACGCUGUUUGUCGGAGGGAUCACCGAGGGUGCCGGCGGGGAUGAGGGAAUUGAGCGUAUCUUGCGGUCCGCUGGAAAUCUACGUCGCUGGAUUCGAGCCACGGAUGCGGACGAGAAGCCUUGCCGCUUCGGGUUUGCAGAGUUUGAAGAUCCUGAAAGCCUGGAGGUGGCCGUGGAGGUGUUGAAGGACAUUGAAGUCCCUGUCAAGCGCCAAUCACCCCUUACGGACGGUGAGGAGGAGCGGGAGGUGGAAAAGAGCACUCUUCUGGUUGUUGUGGAUGAGAGUACCAUGACCUAUCUGGAGCAGUUUGGUGUCACCCGUGGUGAAAGAGAUCCAAAAGAGCUUCAGGCUCGCUUCGAUACGGCCCGUGAAAAUCUCAAAAAUGUGUUGUCGGAGCUUUCACACCCAGUUACCCCUCCGCAGAAGGAAGAGGUGUCAGGUGUCGAUAAAGAAGGCGAUGUUGAGAUGAAGGACGGGGAAGUUGCCAAGGACGGAGAAGUUGUGACAAUCCCCAUCACUGUCGAAGAUGAAUUAGCCGACAUUCCUCCCGAGAUGCGCGAGAACGUGGCCAAGGAGAUUGCGGCCUUCCGCGAGCGCAGUAAUCGUCGGGACAUUGAACGAUUGAAACGGGAGGAAGAAAUCGAGUCUAUGGAACGUGCUCGUCACUCUGGCUCGCGGGUUAGUCGUCUUGGUUCGCCCCCCUCCUCGGCUCCCAGUGGGCCAGCAGGUGGUGCAAACGGCAUUCCACUGGGGCCUCGCGGUGACCGCAAUGUUUCUGGUGCGCCCUCUGGACCAAAAGGCUUCGGUGUUCAGAUCCCCAAGGAUUAUCAAAAGGGUGUGUCAUUUGUAAAUGGGGGCGGCAUGAAUGGAUCUCAAGCUCACCUGGACCGGGAGGACGAGGACACUGAUGCAAGCGAUGAAGAGCUUGAGCGUCGUCGCCAGGCCAAGCGUAGCGCUGAGCAGGAAAAACAGUUCUUGGAUCAGGAGCGCCGCUGGUUGAACCGAGAGCGAAGCCGAACGGCUGCCCUGGAGCGUGAGAAGAAGCGAGACAAGGAAGAAGAUGGAAAACUGCAAGCGGCGCACGACGAGAUGGAGAAGCGCUUGAUGGAGUGGGAUGAUAACGUGGAGGCCAGCCGCAAGGCAAGCGAGUACUACGCUGACCGCGGUGCCUGGCUACGAAGCCGUGCUGCCUUCCGCGCUCGUGAGGUCAGCAUGGACGAGGCCGAUCGCGCCGCAGAGGCACGUGAGCAAGCCCAGUCUGCCAAACGCGAGGAACAGGCACGCGGGAUGGCAGAUGAAUUCCUCGCCAAACAAGCCGAGGAACUGGAGGCUCGGGCCCAGGCGCCAGCGCCUCAGGAAGAGGAGCCCCAACGAUUCAAGCUUUCCCUUGGCGCUGCUGCCCAAAAGGCCCAGGCCGCCACCGGCCGUCGCACCGUUGCCGAAGUUGAAGGUCUACUGGAGGAUGAGGAGGAGCCCGCCGGUACGACCCGCCGGCAGCUCAUUCCGAUCAAGUUCGACUCUGCCGCCGAAGCCGCCGGUCUCUCGGACGAGGAGCGUGCUCAAGCCGCGCGCCAACUGGCCGCCGAGAUUCCUGCCGACAAGGAGGGUCUUUGGAAAUGGGACAUCAAGUGGGAAUUCGUGGAUGAGGCGAUCAUUGCCGAUCAGCUCAAGCCCUUUGUUGAGAAGAAGAUUGUCGAGUAUCUGGGAAUCCAGGAACAGAUGUUGGUGGAUGUGGUUGAAGAGCACAUUCGUAAACACGGCUCCCCUCAAGAUCUGGUGGAGCAGUUGGAAAUGGCACUCGACGAAGAGGCUGAGGUGCUGGUUCGCAAGCUUUGGCGCAUGCUUAUCUUCUUCUCCGAGAGUGAGAAGCGAGGACUGUCUGGAUAG